CAGGCACCCUCCCCCCAUCUCUCUCUCUCUCUCUCUGGCCUCCUCCCUCUCCCUUCCCUGCCCCUUCCCUCUCCCUCCCUUCAUGAUUCUCGCUUAUCUUAUCAGUCUUAUUCCCUCGGGCAGGACCUGCAUGGAAGUUGGGGGUUGGUUUGUAAUAAAUCCGCCGUGAAUUAAUUAUUGGGCUUCCAUGGCCGAAGCAAAGUACAUAAAAUAAGAAAGAAAUUGAGGAAAUUAGGGCAGAGGGGUCGCGGCGGUCAUGGGGGAUCUAGAAAUGGGCUCAGGUGUCUGUGGGCUGAAAAGACAACUUGAGAGCUCGUCCCAUCAGAGGAAGUCUUCGUUUCCCUGCUGCUUCCAGUUCCUGCUCCUGCUUUGUCUAUUUCUUUUCACCUUGUGUUAUACUCUCUCUAGCAGCUCUGCAUCAUGGUGGAGGAGCUUUGCACUCAAUGAGCAUUACCACAGGCUUUUCAACUGGACAGAUAGUGUUAAUCUAUCUCCUCCUUAUUAUAUCCAUCAAAAGCACCAAGCUGUACUUAAUGAAAUCCAUGAAACCAAACAACCACCCACCAUACUACCUACUGUGGUACCUACAGGUACUCAAUACCACCAAGCCUACCCACGCAACUACCGCUUCAUUAUGGAUAACACAGAGGUGUGCAAAACUAAGACUCCAUUUCUGGUACUGAUGGUUCCCGUAGCACCAAAUAACGUGGCAGCUCGGGAUGCCAUCCGGAAGACAUGGGGCAAUGAAAGUCUGGUAAGGGGCGAUGUGGUGCUCACCAUGUUCCUGCUGGGCCUCUCUGGAGGAGCUGAUGAUGGGCAACAGCAGGAGAAACUCAAACAGGAGAAUCUUCAGCACCACGACCUGAUCCAGAGUGACUUCAUGGACACUUACCUCAAUCUAACCAUCAAAACCAUGGUGAUCAUGGAGUGGCUGGCCACCCGCUGCCCCACAGCAGCAUACGCCAUGAAGAUUGACUCGGACAUGUUCUUGAACAUUGACAAUCUGGUGAUUAUGCUGCAGAAGCCGGGCAUCCCAAAGCUGAACUACCUGACAGGGAUGCUUAUGUGGAACAGGCCGGUCAUCCGUUCAAAGAACUCAAAGUGGUAUGUCCCUGAGGAACUGUACCCAGAUCCCCAGUACCCGACCUACACUCUGGGCAUGGGAUAUAUCUUCUCCAACGAUCUGCCAGAGAAAUUUGUGGAAGCCUCAAAAUCAAUCAAGCCCUUUAACAUAGAGGACGCUUAUAUUGGAAUGUGCAUGAAAAAGCUAGGACUCGCACCCAGCUCACCGCCAAAUCCCUCCCAGUUCAAGGCCUACAGCACAGGAUACGAUCGUUGUGAAUACUCCGAGGUCAUCACCUACAUUCUUGGCUCUUCGCAAGAGUUGGCAAAAUACUGGACAGACUUGAAAAAGCCUGGACCAACUUGUUAGGACAAUGACUACUACAGAUGCACAAAGAAGUCACUGGGGUGGCAGGGUACUGUGAAGUUUAUUUAUUUAUAGAUCGCUACUAUACUGACAUAUUAUUCUCAUACAUCUUCAUUUCAGAAAUGAGAAUUAAUAUUACCAAUUUGGGAAGAUUACGAUGGUUUCUGAAAAAAAAAGCACUUUUGGAAUUUGGUGUACUUGAAUCUUACGUAUUUAAAUUUAAUUAUUGGUUGCCAAUAAAGAAAAUCAUAAAGGAA